CACCGUAUCGCCUCCUUGCCACUUCUGACUAUUCCGACGAGGUCAAGCGCUCGUUCUCCAAUGUCUACACCCAGCCUACUGCCACAAGCCGUUGUCAUGUCGCGUAAUUUUGUGGCUAUGGGGCCUGCAACCAGGAUCAGCAAGCGCUGCCCGUGGACACCGGAAGAAGAACGGCUGCUCGUGGAAGCCGUCACUAAAGAGACGCCAGGCUGCAUCGACUGGCACAGAGUCGCUUCUGCUCUGCCGCCCAACCGCAACAACAAAGACGCCAGAAAGCGCUGGGUGUGCAUGAGAGACCGCGCGACGUCGAGCAGCGGCGCUUGGACCGACGAAGAAGAUGAGCGCUUGCGUCACGCCAUUGCCAAAAAUGGUCCUCAGUGGAUGCAAGUAGCCAAAGAGGUUCGCACUCGCAAUAGCGAACAAUGCUCCAAGCGAUGGCAUGAUGUUCUUGACCCGACGAUCUGCCGCAGCCCAUGGACACCCGAAGAGGACGAGCGUCUGCUCAAUCUAGUACGCGCCGUCGGUCGACACUGGUCACGGAUCGCUCACGAGCAUUUCGGGCGCCGUACAGGUCUCAGCCUAAAAAACAGGUCAGUAGAAUAA